AUGGAAGUCAACAGCAGGAAUGCGCGGAUAAAUAUUUAUGCCGUGGUUAUUGAUGCCACAUUAAAAUAUCUUCGUCUUUCUGAAGAUUUUCUCUUAGUUGUUUCCCCCCCACCAUUUCUUGUCUGCUCCUCUCUCCCACCUAUUUACCAUUCCACCCAAACCCAUCUCAUUUUAUUCCACCUGCUUAUUUCCUCCCAAACCCAUCUCUGUUUUUUAUUCCACCGUUCUUUCCUUUAUUCUCUUCACGGCUUUAUUCUCUUCAUUCAGUUAUUCACCCACUUCUUCAUUUUUUCAUUUCUUUCUUCUCUUCAUUAUUUUAUCUCUUUUCAGUCCUUUAUUCUCUUCAUUCCUUUAUUCUCUUCCCUGAUUCAUUCUCGACAUUCCCUUAUUCUCUUCACUCCCUUAUUUACUCAUUUAUUUGUUUCUAAUUUCUUUAACUUUAUUCUCAUUUUAUUCUUUAUUCUCUUCUGA